AUGCCGAAAGUAGGAUGCUCUCGGGAGCAACUAAUCGAAUAUGACUCAGUUAGCGAUAGUGAGACGUUGUCUUCCGUGUCUGACUUGGACUUAUCCGAUGUGGAAGACGUUCUAUCCGAUGAUAGCAGUGACCUUGAAGACGGGGAAGUGAUUGAAAGUAAUGAAGAAAAGGAUGAGUGGAAAGGUGAUGAUUUGUUACUGGAUCAGGAAGUGCUCAGAAGGUUAAUGAAUGAGGAGAAAGCUAGGGUUGACCCAGACAAUGUUAAAAUACCUGAGUUGACUGUGCUUGUGGAAACUGUUGAUUCUGAGCACUAUGAAAAGGAUGAGAACGGCAGCAAGCAGUCAUCCACAGGAAAAGAAAUUCUAGACAAUUUCAAAGCCAUUUUAAAAAAUGUGCAGCGGAUGAAAAAAGAAAGACCCAAGCUUGAAGCUCCUGAGAAGAUUUUAAUGCACUCAUGUUGGAGAUGUGCGCAAAGCGCAGCGAACAGCAGCUCCGAGUCGGCGUCUGCUUCGUCAUCUGACGACAGUGAUUCUACUUCUGACGACGAGAGUACCUCCACCGACAAAGAUCUCUCAGAAACUGAUGGCAGUGGUGACAGUAACAGCGACGAGGACGACGCUUACGAUUAUGAUGACUCAGACAAUAACAGCGAUGUUGAGAAGAUGAACACUAGACAACGAAGCUCGUACCUUUUGAGGAAAGAGUUUGACAGAAAAUAUAGGAGUCGAGCUGCAUUAUGUGAGGAUAUAUGCUUUAAUGAACCCGAAGUAGGUGCAUACGGGCUUUCAUGUCGGUGUUCUGCUUCAGCUAGGCAGAACGGCUUACGUCACAGUGUGUUUCCAGGAGAAUCGCGAAUACCGCAGUGUAUUCAAAAUAGAAAUAAUGCCGACAGACUGCACCAUUAUGUAUUAGUUGUUAAAAGACCAUCCGCUCCACUGGGUGAGGGGACCCGGACUCGAAUAAGUUUCGGUGGAGAGUCUUAUAUCUUCCAAGGGUUAUCUAUCUUCCUCCACCGCGAGCUUCCUGGAGUGCUGCCCAGUAUGCCGGUAUCACGGUGGACAAAUGAAUACGAAUUCCAUUUUGAGAAGGCCCCUAUGAUUGAAUGUUUUACCGUUGAAGAACUCGACCUGUUUCAUCAAUAUCUCUUUGUGGAUUUGCUGGAAUUAUACGACGAAUCUUUGCGUGCAUUUGGCGUCCAAGACGGGUGUCCGAUCUAUCACGUCAUGCCUCGUUUCAUUUGCGAACGAGGUGACUCCCGUAAACUAUUGCCAAUGGGAGAGGUGAUUCGUUAUCUUUGCGGUUCGUUCAAACCUCUGUUGACAGAAGAAGAAAUUGCGCAUUUUGAACGCUCUACGGAUGCUGAUAUGUUGCGGACCUUGUUGCCUAAGAAAUUCCAACUAUCCACAAAUCCACGAAAGAGACCAUCAACAAUUCGUGUCGACAACAUCAAAAGAUUGCCGGACAAUUCUGGUUUUGGGAUCGAGCACAAGACUUCGCCACCUAUUGCGUACGCUAACCUCAAAAAUCCAGAACUAGUUGAAGCACAGCGUCGUCUUGGUAAAUUGCGUCAUAUACAGUCCAACAGUAAUCCUGGGAAUUCACAUCCAGAACAGAUAGAAGAUAUCAAUGUUCUUUUAAAACGCAUCAAUGAACUCAAGCAGCAAAGGUCUACAACACUGAAUGCCACAAGGAUCAUUCCCUGUAAUGGGUUCUUUGGUACCGGAUUAUAUGCUGAUAUAACAGCACAUGUUCUUUUAUUGAUUCUCUCAGUGAAACACGCUCGGUUCCACUGGUCGCUUCUUGAGUUCGAGAAGAUCAUCGGCUAUAGUUUUUCUAACCGCACACUUAUAGAGUUAGCAUUCACACACCCAUCCUACAAAAAUGAUUUCGGAACCAAUGUUGACCACGUGAAGACAACUUUGACAAACUGCUCUUUUCGAAGAUAUACGCCAUUCACUGAGAAUAAUGAGAAGAAGAAAGGUUUCCGUAAUUUGAUGCAUAUAAUGGCGCAGUCUGGAUCUAGUAGUGCUGGCUUGUCUAAGGUUGCCCACAAUGAAAGACUCGAAUAUCUUGGAGAUGCCGUUGUUGAAUUGGUGGUUUCAAGUCGAUUAUUUUUUAUUUUGCCCCAUCAAGAAGAGGGAGGGCUCGCCACUUAUAGAAGUGCUCUUGUACAGAACAGAAAUCUUGCUGCUUUAGGAAAGAAAUUACGACUCGGUGACUGGAUGAUGUAUGCACAUGGGAUAGAUUUAUGCGAUGAGGAAGAUUUUCGGAAAUCUUUAGCGAAUACGUUUGAAGCUGUUCUUGCUGCUAUAUAUCUUGAUGCUGGAAUAGAGGAAUGUGAUCGCAUUUUUGCUGAUGCAAUGUUUGGAGAUGACAAUACAGUGAGAAAUCAAUGGCUUAAUGUUCCCGAUCAUCUCUUAAAAAUAGAACAACCAAAUGGUGACCGAAUGCUUAUUGACAGCACCGAGGAGUUGAAAGAAUUGACCAAUCUGGAGAACACGCUUGGUUUCAAAUUUCAAAAUAUUCGGUUACUGGCUAAAGCGCUAACUCGCAGAAAUGUUCCCUACAAUACCCUCACUUGCGGUAACAAUCAACGCCUGGAAUGGCUUGGUGACGCGGUGCUGCAGUUAAUAAUAUCUGAUUAUCUCUACCAUCACUUUCCUAAUCAUCAUGAAGGACACCUUUCGCUUCUUAGGACGUGUUUGGUUUGCAACGAAACUCAGUCUCAAAUUUGUGAAGACCUUGGCCUACACUACUUCAUCAUUGAACCACCUGGAAGUGGGUCUCGUAUGGCUGAACUUAGUCUCAAGGACAAGGCUGAUCUCGUUGAAGCUCUAAUUGGUGCCAUUUUCGUUGAUCGUGGAUGGGAUUACUGUCGAGUCUUCAUCUAUAUAUGUUUUCUUCCGCGUCUUAAGCACUUCAUCGAAUCGAAAAAGUGGAACGAUUCCAAGUCUCAGCUACAGCAGUGUUGCCUUGCAUUGCGAGAUAUCGAUUCUAGCGAUAGCUCUGUUCCUGAUAUGCCUGAAUAUAGGACUAUUGGCAUAGAAGGAUCGACGAAUGCACGUCACUACCGUGUAGCAGUUUAUUUCAGGAAUAUGCGUCUUGCGGUUGGUGAAGCUUGCACUGUCCACCUUGCUCAAAUGGAUGCAGCCAAAAAAGCGCUGGAAGAGUACAAGGAGAUGUUUUCUUCACUAUCAAAAAACAAUGUAAAAAAUGCAGCUAAUGCGUUCAUGAAGAAGCUUCAAGAAGCUCAACAACGGCCGUCGACGUACUUCCCGAAGAAAGAAGACCGCCCUCGACCUCCUCCUUUGAUUGGUUCCGGAGCUCCUACUAUCUUACCACCUUUUGGGCUUGGUCAUCCUCCAGGAUUACUUCAAAGCGAGAACGCUUCACUGUCCUCCUCACAACAACAAUUAAGGGAAGCGUCUCCACUAGUCAAACAAAUGUUAAAGUCGGUGGCAGCUUCGUACAGGCAGUUCGCAGCAGCUUCAUCACUUCAAAGUGCAAUCAUACAACAACCUAUUCAAGCUGGUGCAUCUGUACUGGGCCCACACAUACCUCACGUGUUGGGCACCCUGCCUGCCGUGCCCUCCUAUGGUCCAUUACCUUUAGGACUGGCACCAUCUUUUGGAUCUCCUGUCCAGGCUCAACUCGGCAGUAUAACAUUUUCUCCUCCGUUGUUCCAAAUGACACCACAAUUCCUGAGUAAUCCAUCGGUAACGGCGAUAAAUCAGAAUAUUUUGCAGUUUGGAAGUCUGUUACAUCCGACUCCUACUGCGCCCGCUCCAAGUUCCUUGAUUCCGAACGCUUCAGAAGUGGGUCAGGGUAGCUCAAACCAAGCGGAGUCGACUAAACGACGGCAUUCGUCGUCAAGAGGGCCGCUGAAGAGGCGAGGAGAGGCGGAGGUCCCAAACACAAAGCGCAGUUCUUUUCCUAAUCGCCGGGUCGACAACGGGUUAUCGUCAACGAGUAAGGAAAGGUCUCGACCACAUCGAUAUCGGUUUAAGCAUAAGCAUUCCUCAAAGCGGUGA